CCACGCGCGAUGGUGGCCAGUUACGUCUUAACAUUUCAAUUAUAUUCGGAAAAUAAUAGUUGCGAUCUAAAUAAAACUGUGUAGUGAAACAUAAGCAUUAUGUGGAAUCAAAACGAUCAUUCCCUGACAUUUUGUUGUUGUGACAAAGUUAAUUAGUUUUUUUUGUUUGUUAUGAAUUUAAAAGAUUAAAAGUGAUAUGUGAGGGGCUGUGUCUAAAUGAUUAAAAUAAGAGUAACACCGGGGGAUCGAGUAUCGCGAUGCCCUUGUCAUGUUGCUCCCGGAUCAGACGUACGAGACCGCGCCGGAUCCGGUGCCGUCGCUGCUGCUCGCACGGAGACUUCCUCCCGACUUCUUUUGUGCAAAUCGACCUCGCCGACCGCGGGACAAGAGGAAACUGUUGCAUUCAUUGCCUUCGGGCGGCGAGGAGACGUCAGCCGGAGCCGCAGCCCCGCGGGAGGCCGAGCUAAGAGCGGAUGCGAGACGACGCAAAACUCGCUCCAGAACUGGACAUCACAAGAAAAACGGUGAGAAAACACUAUACGCGUCGUCAUCGAACGAGGCGGUGCACCUGCAACGACGGCUGCUGAGUCUGAGCUCGGAGCUGGUGACGCUUCGCAACCACUUGCACGUGGGAGCGGCUGGAGGCACGGCUGCCGGUGCGGCCCCCACUGCCGGCACUAGCACCGGACAACCCGCCGUCCCGCCGAGAGCACCGCACUUGUUACCACCGCCGCCGCACGCCGCGCAACCGCCCGCUCCACCGCUUCACCCCCUGCCGCCUCCUCCUGAAACGCGAUGGCGGAACGUUCCGGCCGCCCCACCACAAGCGAGCGCGGGCCCUACUCCCACGAGUGGGACGAGCGGUCCGAGCGGAGUGAGCGGUCUAAGCGCAAGUGACGUGGAGGACCUCAUACAUCUAAGAGGACCGCUCACAGAAGACGCGGUCGUUAGAGCGUUGCAGGCGAGAUUCUAUCACAAUAAGUUUUAUACGAUGAUCGGACCAAUCCUCAUCGCGGUAAAUCCAUACACGGACACCUGUAACGCAUUAACGUUGACUGCGGCCCGCGCCCACCGGCCCGAGCUAGCCCGACUGGUUCACGACGCCGUGAGACACCAGGCGGACUCAGGGUACCCUCAGGCGAUCAUUCUCUCAGGGGUAUCUGGCUCAGGGAAGACGUACGCGUCAAUGGUGUUGUUGAGGAGGCUCUUCGACGUGGCCGGUGGAGGCCCCGAAACGGAUGCGUUCAAGCAUCUCGCGGCGGCUUUUACUGUGCUGAGGGCUUUGGGCACGGCCGCCACACCGGCUAAUGCGCAUUCGUCCCGUAUAGGACAUUUCAUCGAGGUCCAAGUAACCGACGGAGCCUUGUAUCGUACAAAGAUCCACUGUUACUUCCUCGACCAGACCAGAGUGGUCCGCCCUCCAGCUGGCGAACGAAACUAUCACAUCUUCUACCAGAUGCUGGCCGGACUCACACCCGACGAGCGAUCGCAACUUCAUCUUGAAGGUUAUUCCGCUCAGGACUUAAGGUAUCUAGCAUCCCCCCAUCACCGUAGAGCAGAGCCAGAAGAUGCUGCAAGAUUCCAUGCGUGGAAAACCUGUCUCGUUAUUCUCGGUAUACCGUUCCUUGACGUAGUACGAGUUUUAGCGGCUGUCCUAUUACUUGGCAACGUUCAGUUCGCCGAGAGCGCUGAGGGUGGGGCCGAGCCAGCCGGAGAAGCAGAGCUAGCAGCAGCCGCGGCUCUGCUAGGAGUUGCAGCGCCGGCAUUGUUACGAGGCUUGGCAAUGCGGGCUCCACCUCGGACUUCAUCUGCGCGAUCAGUGCGCGUACCAGCCACCCCAGCGGCGGCUUCAUCAGCGCGUGAUGCACUGGCCAAAGCAUUGUAUUGCCGAACAGUGGCGACUAUAGUGCGUAGAGCCAAUUCGUUGAAACGCUUAGGAUCUACUUUAGGCACGCUUUCGUCGGAUUCAACUGAAUCGGUACACGCGCAAGAAGCACGUCGAGCGUCAUCAGCAGGCGGGUCUCGAGCGGGCGCUCGUUCAAUGGCUGCACUUAACGACGCCGUACGACACGCCACUGAUGGGUUCGUGGGGAUAUUGGACAUGUUCGGUUUCGAGGACGCAGCCCCGAGUCGACUGGAGCACCUGUGCGUUAAUCUGUGCGCAGAAACAAUGCAACACUUUUAUAAUACUCACGUGUUCAAAUCCGCCGCUGAAUCUUGUCGCGAGGAAGGUGUGGCGUGUCCGCUCGAAGUGGAAUACGUCGACAAUGUGCCGUGUAUUGAUUUGGUGUCAUCCUUGCGAGGCGGACUGCUUGCUGCACUGGACGCAGAAUGUGCAGCCCGUGGUACUCCAGAACAAUACGUAGUGCGCAUUAAAACAGCACACAGAGGUCAUCCGCGACUGGCGGAGGCUCGUCCACCGCACCCUCGAAGGUUUGCAGUGCGGCAUUAUGCUGGUGAAGUGGCAUACGACACGGUGGACUUCUUGGAAGCUAAUCGCGACGCCGUCCCUGACGACCUCCUUGCCGCCUUCGAAACUGGAACCUGUGAAUUUGGUUUUGCUACACAUCUUUUCGGGGCUGAACUUAAAGCCAUGGCAGCACAAGGCGGGGCAGCGAAUUCUGGGGGUGGAUUCUUCCGUGCGUCCCCCACAGUUGCUGCAGAAGCAGGCUCGACACUCACACAAGACUUCCACACGCGUCUCGACAACUUGCUCCGUACGCUCGUGCACGCUCGCCCGCACUUCGUGCGCUGUUUGCGGGCUAACUCUACGGAAACACCAAUGCUCUUUGAAAGGACGACUGUAGCGCGACAGGUCCGUGCACUACAAAUAUUAGAAACGACGCAGCUAAUGGCCAGUGGGUACCCGCACCGGAUGCGUUUCCGUGCGUUCAGCGGACGGUACCGGGCACUGUGCCGCGGCGCGGGGGGCGGGGCGAGUGCGGGGGCUGCGGGGAGCGUGGCGGGCGCGGAGGGGGAGGCGUGCGGGCGGGUACUGAGGGCAGUGCAGGCUGCGGCCGCUCCACCAGCCCCCGCCUCCCCUGCCGCAGUACGGUGGGCGCUUGGAAAGAGACACGUCUUCCUCAGUGAGGGGAUGCGGCAGGUGUUAGAGCGGAUGCGACGUGGUCGUCGUGAAGCGGCCGCUGCGAGUAUACAGCGUGCGUGGCGGCGACACCGCGCCCGCCCCCGCCCCGCGCCGCGCCCCCGCCCCGCGCCCAUCGCGCGCACCCCGCCUCCCGACCCCGCCGACAAGUGCGACCCCGCGCUCGUUAAGCGAACGUGCUCGCUCUUUGGACUCGACCUCGAGCGUCCCCCACCGCUGCCCCCGUCCCGCGCGUACACCGUGUCGGGGGGCGUGAAGCUGAGCUACCCGCAGCAGCGCGCCGUGAGUGCCGAGUGGAGCGACGAGGGCGGCGCGCGCCUGCGCCCCGGCGACACCGUGCUCGUGGUCGGCGCCGCCCGCCGGGGACACCUCGCUGUACAGAUCGGCAGCCGCACCGUGCAGGUCCCGCACGGCGUGCUGUCCCCCCCGCGCGCGCCCGCCCCCCGGCACCACCCGCCGCCGCCCCCCGCCCCCGCGCCACCCGCACUCGCCUGACAUUCACUUGUAUAAGUAAGAACGAUAUUCUGUGAGAUGGUGUAUUACUGUAACUAAUAAUAAUAAUAGGUAGUAAGUAAAUACUUCACUAUAAAUCUGUUUACACGUUUUCAAUGUUGCCACAAAAGUAUUUUGUAUAUUGUAUACGUGAUUUUAUAUCUAUUUAGCUAAUCCGACAAAGUAUCGUAUUGCGGUGCUCUUUAUAAAAUAGCUGUUAUUAUACUGGUCUUCCAUAUUAAAGUGCCUGAUUUUGAGAAACGUAUAUUUAAUUAAUCAAUGUAAAGUAAAAGAUAAGCAUAACGGAUUUAGAGAGAUAUAGAUUUUUGAAAUAAAAUUAGCUAUAAAUGUGUGCCUUAUAUUUUUAUAUUUUGUAUGUAAAUAUUCGAUUUAAGUAUUUAUGUUAGUUAUUUUGAAGAAAUUGAAAAGAAUUAAUUGUAGUUUCGUUAGCAUAAGGUUUUAUGUACGGCUGAACUCCUUUCUCUGAUUGAAUAAAUUGGUAACUAUAAUAUUAUUAUAAAGAUGAUGGUUUGCUAAUGUAAUCCUGCCAAAAGAAAUUGUUAUAUUAUUAUGCUGACCAACUUAGGGCCGCCCUGAAGCAAGUUAAUAUAUUUUUUUAAAUAUUCAUUCAGUAUUAAUUACAGUUGUAAAUACGACAUAAUACAAAUCAGUACACUACAUUCCUCAAUAUAUUGAUACUAUUAAUUUUUCUGUACAUAUUUCCUUUGGUAGUAUUAUUGGUUUUAGAUUACCUAUUAUAUAGCAAUAAGCACAAAUUUAAACCUACUGUAUAAUAGGUUUAUAUUAAAGUACUAGGUUUUACUGGUGGCUUCACUCGCGCUGAUAUAUAUUUUUAAAGUAUUUGAAGAUUAUUUUUCCUGGGUUAAAGGUACGGUGUGUGUGUACCACAGACAACUACCGCGUAUAAAAAUAUUGUAUGUGUAGGAAAAGAAAAAGGAAUCUAGAAGAUAUAGGGAAUAGAAAAUUCAAGAUUGUUAAAAAAUCAUCAUUAUUACUGUGCACACUAAAUAAAAUAUGUAUGUAGUACCUAACUUUUCGUAAUUCAUUAAUUAUCAUUUAAAGUGAAAUGGAGUUCAUAAAAUUUAGGAACACAAAAUAAUAGAGUGAUAACAAUUUCAACAGAACUACAUAUUUGAACUAAAUCUGUUUUUUUUUUACUAACGUCUAUAACGUCGAGAAUAGGGAUGUGGAAUACAUAUUAUCAGAUCUUUUUAAAUAAAACAAUUUGACACAUCGAUAUAACACUCGUCAAAGUUAUUAAUAGUUUUAUUUUCGUUUCCAAACUCGGUCUAUGAUGGGACUAAAACAGUUCUAUUGUUAAUUUUAUUGAUAUUUAAAAAAAAUUGCAACUGUUUUAACCAAGAAAUUGUGAUAAGUAAUAGACCACUAAUAAUUAUGUAAAAUUACGGUAUUCUAAAUGUUAAGCAGGUUUCGUAUUUCUUCUGGCAUGAAAAGAUGUUUUCCUGGAGCUUUUGAAGCCGUUCUCAUUGAUUAUAGCAUUUUGACAUUUAUUAGCUUCGUCACAAAUUAAACAUUUUGACAUAGCUUAAAGGUGCCGUUAUUAAGCGAUAUUCAAAGCCUAUGAAAAUACUACCAUUAAUCAUUAUAUUUGAGACUUAUUCAUGUUUCAAGAUUGGCGGCAUAUUAAACAUUUUGGUGACUGUAGCCACUUCAUAGAUAUAGUCUGUGGUGACAAUUGUCAAUUCGUUAAAAAAAAAACAUUUAAAAAGUUUCUAUUGUACAAUACAAUUAUUGAAACUUCGAACGUCGAACCUUCGAGGCAAUACAAAAAUAAUAGUAAAUGGUAGUGUUUGAUUCAUACGAAAUAUUAUGGUACAAUUAUUAUAUCAUCUAUAUUCUAUUUAAUUACGUCUUCAAAUCGCACCUCAGAAAUAUAUAGUACAUCAACAUCAAAUUAUUUCUAAUCAUCAUAAAAUCUUUGAGAACUGGUGACCGAGUUAAUAAAAACAUAAGUACCUAUGUAACAUAAUGACAAAUAAAAGUUUGUCAUUAAUUUUUAAACUCGUAGACUGACAAUAUGACACAAAUUAUUAAAAUAUAGUCUAUAGUCGUUGGCACUUUAACUAAUGCAUUUGGUUAUACGUUGCGUGACUAUCAAACAAGUAUUUAAGUUAAUGUGAUUGAUGGAAGCAUUUCUAAAAUACUUUAUAACCUAAUUUUUUUUUGUAGAACAUCUCAAAUAAUUAAUCGACAAACUAUUAGUGCAGUUAAUACCUAGGCAGUUGGACAAGGCCACUAAUGUAUACCACAGAGCUUGCCAUCAUGAGUCUGAUUAUUAGAUUAGUUUUAUUAUACCUACUAUUAAGACAUAAAAACAAAUAAAAGUAUAUAAUUAAGAA